AUGAAUAUCGCUGUUCCAUUCAAGCAAGUAGAUGUUUUCACUACCAGCUUCUUCAAAGGAAAUCCAGUCGCCGUGAUCAAUUUCAUGGACUCAGAAGAAGAGGUUCCAAGCACGCUUCUUCAAAGCAUUGCGAACUGGACCAAUCUUUCAGAAACAACUUUUCUCUUCAAGCCUUCAGAUCCUAAAAAUGAUUACAGGCUAAGAAUUUUUACACCUAAUGAGGAAUUGCCUUUUGCGGGUCACCCAACGAUUGGUUCAUGCCGUGCUUUUUUAGAGUUCACGGGCCGUAAGGAUGCAUCACAGAUUAACCAAGAGUGCAAAUUGGGGGUUGUGAGAAUAUCAGUGACAAACGAGAAAAUCGCCUUCGAGGCUGUAAAAGCUGAUAUCGAUGCCAUCCCGGAAGCCCUUGUCCAUGGACUUGAAAAGUGUAUUUCAACUACCUUCAAAACGACCCCGAAAGUCCUGCACGUAGGACCAGAAUGGGUGGUCGGAUUGGUGGAAGACUCCCAGACUUGCUUUAACUUGAACCCAGACUUUUCGCUACUAGGUGAUAUGAGUGGAAAGUUCGGCAUCACGGGUUUGGUUAUCGCAGGUAAGAAACCAGAUUCUAGCGGUUACGAAAUGAGAGCAUUCGCUCCUUCCCAAGGUGUGAACGAAGACCCUGUUUGCGGUAGUGGCUGCUUGGCAUUCGUUAGAUAUUUGCAAGAUCUCUACCAGACCAGUUCGACCACAACUUUUGAUAUCACGCAAGGUGGGAGGUUGCAGCGUGAAGGAAAACUUUCAGCUACCAUAGAACACGGUAAAGAUAAAAUUUCCUAUCAUGUCGGUGGACAAGCCCUAACCAUUAUCAACGGUAUGAUCAAUAUAUAG